UCCCCCGAGCGCUCAGUGACGUAGGGGCCCUGUGGGCGAAGGGUCCGGUUGCGUCAGGACGUGCAGCCGCGGCGCGGGCCGGGCCGGGGCCGUUGGUCUCCAUGGAGCGGAGGCUGGCGCAGUUCCGAGCCGCGCGCCGCGCCCCCCAACCCACAGCGGCCCCGGCAAAGGCGGUGGCGGCUCCAGCUAGCGAGCAGCGAGCAGGGCCGGAGGCCGCCCUCGGCCCGCGGGACCGCCCCGCCCAGGAAGCGGCGCGCAGGCCGGGACCCCCGCGGGACAUGGCUGCUGGUGCCGCCGCCCCGUGGGGCGCCCGGGCCCUCCUGGCCCACACGGCCCUGCUGAAGUUCCUGCUGUGGCUGGUGCUGCUGGGGCUGGCCGCGGAGCUGCAGUUCGGGCUGCCCUGCUUCGUCCUGUCGCUGUUCUACUGGCUCUACGCCGGCACGCGCGGCCCCGGCGAGAGGCGGCCGGGGGAGAGAAGCGCCUACUCCGUCUUCAACCCGGGCUGCCAGCCCAUCCAGGGCACGCUCACCGCGGAGCAGCUGGAGCGAGAGUUACACUACGGACCCGCGGCCGGGAGGUAGCGGCUGGCGCCAGGGACCUGGGGGCGCGCCUCCCGCUCCGGGAGCUGGCGCCACCUCAGGCUGCUUUGCCUGCGCUUCCCCUGUCCUGCCCCUGCUCGCUGCCCUGCCUUAGGCGCACUCCUCAAGCCAGGUGUGAACUGUAUCCUCCUGGCACUUCAAAACCAACAGUUCUUCAUGGACUGAGCGCAUCCGAGUCAAUGGGACAGUGCAGGGAACAUGGACUAUAAUCCAGUUACUUCUGUGUUGUGGAGAAAGCUGAAGAUCAAGAGGAAGCUGCAGGCAUGUCCUAUGGGCACCUGGCUGCAACAGCAAAGCAAAUUCCCCAGGAAAAAUGCUGAGUGGUAUAUAUUGGGGAAAAAUUCCAAAUUACAGGACUGCAGAGUCCCCAGGGCCCUGAUUGUAAUGAAUAGGGUAUUUUACACCUCUGAGCUACAUUCAGUUUAUGGUUUCAAGGUUCUUUCUGCCAAAACCAUAUCUGUUUUUUAAAUGAAAGUUGAAAUUUGGGAACACAGUUUUGCAGCAAGGGGUAAGUUUAGCUGCUGGAGAAUCUUAUUUAGCUCUAGUGAGGCUUUUAAUAGUAUGAUUAAUAACUGUUUUUCCUCGCCCUUAUCACUGUAAUUGCACUUCGGCAGGCUGCUAGUCCUGCCAUUUAUAAAGAGAUGAUGGUGAUAAAUGAGGCAGAGAACUGGAGAUGGUGAGGGAAAGUCAGCUGACUUGGAAUCCAUAAUUUUCUCAUAAUAUUCCUAAUUAUGCAGAUUAAGGAAUAAACUCUUCAACAGAAGAGGUAUUGAGCCCAGCACCCCACAGGUCCUGUGAACUCCUUUAUAAUGCUGCAUGGAGGAUGGGUUAUAGUCUGCACUCAGCCAAGUUAAGUUUACAGCCUGUAAUGUAAGGUUUGAUUUUCCAUCUUCUUACUUAAUCCUUAUGGGAAUGUGAUCUAUUGUAAAAUAAUUAUCCUGCUUUAGAAUCCUGUCCAAGGGUUUUUCCGGUUUCAAGGUAAAAUGUAGGCUUCAGGAGAUGAAAAAUAAUCAUUAGAGCUUCAAACUCUGCCAAGACUGCCUACUUAAUGAGCAGUGAUCUCUUUAUAGUUAUUGAGCUGUUCACAGCUGUAGAUGGGUGAGCUCUAAUACAGGAAAAAAUACAAUGCUAUUUUGUCCUGGUUAUUAAAUAUGUAUAAUUAACUCCUAGUCCAAGAAACCAUUUUGGUUUCUGGCUGGACAGACAACUUUUAUCAUCAUUGGGUAUUCAACUUGAAUUGUUGGAGGUUCUUGCCUCUGGCAGAUGCUGUACUUUAAACUGUGAGAGGUUUCUCUAGUACAAGUCUCCAUGGAAGGGUUUACUCCACUAACCCAUGCCAUGGCUUUUCAAUACUGACUAAUGUUAGUAGGUUUUCCUCAAAUGUAUUGUAUCAUGAUGGGAUCAUACCCAUAAAAAAAAAAUCAAAUGUU